AUGCUAACCUCCAAGCUCAAUGCUAACCCUCUAGCGGCCGAGUUCAAAACUCAGUUCAAGACCCAUGAGGAGGAGCUGGAGGAAGAGGAGGAAGAGGAGGAAGAGGAGGAGAAGGAGCCAGAGGGGGAAGAGGAGCCAGCAGACGAGGAAGUGGAAGAAGAGGGGGAGGUGGUGGAGGGAGAGGAGAAGAUGGAGGAAGAGGAGGACGUGGUGGAGGAAGAGGAGGAAGUGUGUGUGAACAUUAACAUGACAUAG